GUUCCUAUUUAAAACCUUCUGAAAAGUUCAAUGGAAGAGAAGAAAGUAAUAAACUAAAAUCACUUGAGCAGCCUCUCAACAUAAGUCUCAAUGAUAGUUCAUCAGAAGGUGAUAGUGUUGAAAACAAAGAAAAUUAUGGAAAAUUAAUUAAAAAAGCCCAAGCCUUGCUUAAUCCUGAACCUGAAACUUGUUCUCUUCAAGUUAAAGUUUUAAAUAAUAAUAUUUUCUUUGAUUUGAAACAUAGCGAUGGUUCAAUGAAUUUUGAAAGACUGAUCAAUUUUGGGGAUGAUAUCAAAUCAAUUAAAACAAAAUUUGAAAAUUGGAGAACUAUAGAUCAAGUUAUAACUAAAAUGCAAACUGAAUUAGAAUACUACAAACUUUGCUAUUUCUUUAAACUCAUCAAUAGAUAUUCAGCACUUUAUAAACUUGUAAUAAAAGAACCACAAGAUGAUCUCAAAAAACUCAGUCUCAAGGAAAAAAUCAAUAAUGGAAUUUCACUUGGUGCAAACGCAAAAUCAAAAUCAAAAAGAAAAUGA